ACUCUGAGCCGGAAUGAGUGAGUGGAAAGGCUACAUCAGUGCUGUGCUGCGGGAUCAGCGUAUCGACGACGUGGCGAUUGUGGGCCACUCGGACAAUCGCUGCGUGUGGGCGUCGCGGCCCGGGGGCCUGCUGGCGGCCAUCUCACCGCAGGAGGUGGGUGUGCUCACGGGAAUGGACCGAUGCACCUUCCUGCAGGCGGGCCUAAGCGUAGCAGGCCGCCGCUGCUGCGUCAUCCGAGACCACCUGCUGGCUGAAGGCGACGGAGUGCUGGAUGCGCGCACCAAGGGGUUGGAUGGGCGCGCCGUCUGCGUGGGCCACACGCCGCGCGCACUCCUCGUGCUCAUGGGCCGACGGGGCGUGCACGGGGGCAUCCUCAACAAGACGGUGCACGAGCUGAUCCGCGGGCUGCGCACUCAGGGCACCUAGCAGGACUGCCAGGCGG